ACAACUCUCUCUUGCUGCUCAUCAGCAGGAAUCACGGAAGUCUGAAGCAAGCGAAAGCAACGCCUCCAGAUCACCAGAUGGAAUUCAUCGUCACUACCAACAAUCCCAAGAACGAUACCAAGGGCAAAAAGCGUGUGAGAAGUAUAGCUGCGCUCAAGGGAUGGCCUGAACGGCGAAGGAGGGCUUUCGAGCACCUGGAAGACCGCCAGGCGAGAGUUGCUCGCAAGAACGACGAAGGAGGACUUUCGAGCGUCUGGAAGACCGUCAGGCGAGAGUUGCUCGCAAGAACGACGAAGGAGGACUUUCGAGCGUCUGGAAGACCGUCAGGCGAGAGUGGCUCGCAAGAACGACGACCGAACACAACUCCAGAGCAGUCUUGCUUUCGUGCCGCGAGCAAUUCCUUCAUUGCUAAAUCAUCCACGACCGCCGCCAAUCGUCGUCCCGCCUGA